AUGGCGACGACGCCGGAGACUCAGUCCAAGUCCCAGUCGCAGAGCGGGUCUCACCGUCAGCCGGCGGGACGAGAGGACUGGUGGAGCGAGGACGCGACGGCGACGCUGAUCGAGGCCUGGGGAGACCGGUACGUCCAUCUCAACCGCGGAAAUCUCCGGCAGAACGAUUGGAAAGAAGUCGCCGACACCGUCAAUUCGAGCCACGGGAACGGCCGGCCGAAGACCGACAUCCAGUGCAAGAACCGGAUCGACACGCUGAAGAAGAAGUACAAAACGGAGAAGGCCAAAUCCAAUUCCUCCUGGUGCUUCUUCGAUAGGCUCGAUUUCUUAAUCGGACCCGUGUUGAAGAAAUCCGCCGGCGCCGGGGUUGUCAAAUCGGCGAUGAUGAACCCUAAUUUGAUUCCCACCGGAUCUAAAUCUACUGGAAGCUCCCUCGACGACGACGAUGAUGAUGACGAUGACGACGACGUGGGUGAUUGGGGGUUUGUUGUGAGGAAGCAUCGGCGAGUGGAAGAUGCAGAUCCGAGCGAAGGAUCAUCGUGUAGGGAGCUAGCGAGAGCGAUUCUGAAUUUAGGGGAAGUGUACGAGAGAAUCGAGAGUACGAAGCAGCAGAUGAUGAUUGAUUUGGAGAAGCAGAGAAUGGAAACUGCCAAAGAGCUUGAGUUACAACGAAUGAACAUGUUGAUGGAUAUGCAAUUGGAGCUUGAGAAAUCCAAGCUUGGCAAACGUAGAGCUUCUUCAGGUAAGAAGUUGUAG